AUGGUUGGUUCUACAACAGCAUAUUGGAUGGAGUUUGGUUGUCUCAAAACACAGUCUGCAUCCUUUGCAUGGCGCUUUCCUUUGGCGUUCCAGGUCCUUUUUCUCAUUUUCAUAUUAAUGGCUGCGCCGUUUUACCCCGAAUCUCCCCGUCACCUAGCCAAGAUUGGCGAUCUGGACGGGGCGAGGUUUGUUUUGGAAAAAUGCUGCAUUGAGGCCAAUGAGCAAGCUCUUGAAACAGAAAUGAAGGAGAUUGUUGCUGCCAUUCGUGCAGAGGCAACCUCGACCUCGCACAAGUUCUACAGCAUGCUGUUUGUCAAAGACAAGCUGCAAACUCGUCGACGAGUGGUCCUUGGAUCAGGGGUACAGGUAAUGCAGAAACUGACCGGUAUUGACUUUAUCGCAGUCUAUGCGCCGAAUAUGUUCGCUUUGUCUGGAUUCAAGGGCGAUAAACCGGCACUCCUAGCUGGUGGAAACUGGUUUGGUUAUAUCGCGAGCUUGGCACUUUCUAUCUACCUUUGUGACAAGGUCGGUAGACGAAAAUUGAUGUUCACAGGAUGUUUGUCGAUGGGGAUUGUAUUAAUUGUCGGUGGUAUACUUUCCCAUGAGACAAUAUCCUACUCCGAUAGCAACCCAGAAUUGGCAACCAAGUACGGUUCUGGCGUUGCAGCCAUUCUAUACAUUUACACAUUCAUCUACGGUAGCACAUGGCUAACAACGUGUUGGGUCUAUCCCACCGAAGUUUUCCCCUUAGCAAGCCGGAGUAAAGGUACAGCACUAGCUACAUUCGCGUUUUCAAUCGCUGGCGGCACCAUUAAUAUGAUUAUUCCGUACCUCAUUGAGGCAAUUGGCUUCUGGGUGUUUGUGCUUUUUGCUUUGAUAAACUUGUCUCUCCUUAUACCGAUUUAUUUAUUCUACGUCGAAACUGCGAACCGCCAUCUCGAGCAAUUGGAUGUCCUUUUCUCAAGUGACAGCUGCUUAGCAUGGAGGGCAGAAAAAUACUUUGCGGAGAAUAUGAUAGGACAAGGAGGAAUUCUGGAAGAAGACCAACAGAAAGCCUCUGUCGAACAGGUUGAGUGA